AUGGCCGACUCCACCGGGCUGCCUGACGUCCUCCAAAGCGCGGCCUGCUUGGCACCCCCCGACGCGCCUCUCGAGGGCCCUGCGGAGUGGAGCGUCAGCGAGGCAUCAUCGCACGAGGAGCACAUACCGCAGACAGCCUUCCAGCCGGCCGGUGUCUCUUUCGAAGUGAGGCCCAACGAGGAACUGCCCCAGCAGUGGAGCCCGCCUUUCCAGCCGCUGCUGGCGGUGGGCCUGCCGCCCGCAGCGCAAGUCCUUGUGCCCGACUCGGGGGGCGUGGUGUGGCCGCCAGCGGGCUACUCGGCACCCCCAACGGAGGUGCGGCCCGCGGUGCUGGCGCACGACGAGGCGCGGGCGGCGGAGCUGCAGAAGGGGGCGGAGAUCCUGGCCUUCUCGCAGCGGCUGGGCCUGCUGGACCUGCCCCUGCCGGAGGUGCCCGUGCCGGAGGGGCCCAUCUUUGUGCCCACGGGGCCGCUGUUUGCGCACGGAGACUCAGACGAGAGCGGCGGGCGGGGGCUGCCAGACAUGGAGCAGAGCCAGAGCCAGGGGAGCACUCCGCUGGAGGACAGGGCACCCGGGCAGCAUGCCGCGGAAACGGAAAGCGUCGACCUAGAACGGGCCACGCAGGAGGAGGCGUGCCCGAUUGCCAAGCCUAUCUCCAUGGAGCCGCCUGAGGCCCAGUUCCAGAAGCCGGUCUACGUGGCAGCCACCGCGCGGCCGUCUGACGCCGGCGUGCGUGGCGCGGGGGCCUCGGCGGAGGCGGUGCUGGCGAGCCCGCCGAACGAGGUGGUGCCGGAGCUGGACGUGGCGCGGCUGCUGGGGCGGGGCGAGCUGGCGGACGACGAGCGCGUGCCCAUCUGGAACCGCGCCGCGCAGCGCAAACUCACCGGCCGCUGCGGGCCCAUGCGCAAGAACCUCAAGGCCUACCUGGACAAGCACCCCGAGUGCGAGAUCUACGACCACCAGCAGUCCGGCCAGUCCACCCCGGCACAGGCCCCCGCCGCCAAGCGACGCUCCGUGCAAACCGCACACCGGUCAGGCAGCCACAAGCGCGGGUCGGCCCAGGCUGAAGUGGAAGCCCCGAGCUCCUUUGUGCCGGGCAAGCGACGGGCUACGCUGAGGGAGGGCUACUACCGGGCACUGCAGGAUGGCAAGGUGGCGGGGGCCUCGGACUGGGGGGAGCAACCACGCGGUGAAGAGGGGAGGGGCUUUCCGUCAGGGCCCUCUUCUGACCGCGAUGGCGGUGCACGUGGGCCGUCCGGCGGUGUCCCUGCCAGCCUGAGGCCCGAGCCGCGCGCGCUGUCUCCGCUCAGUGAGGUACCUGCGCGUUGGGACCUGGCCUGGGCCGCGUACGGCAUGCCGCGCUCCUCGAACGGCUUCGUCAGCGAGCGCACGGAGAGAAACAGCGCACGUGAUGGGGCGCAGCCGGAGCUGGAGGCAAGCCCAUCGGGGGGACCGAAGAGCCGGGAGAGGAGCCCCCCCGGAGGAGGGGGCAAGAGGAAAAAGAUGCCGCUGGAACAGACGGCCGCUCUGCAGGCCCUGGCCGACUCGGUGGGGUGGAACAGCCUCAACAUCGAGGCGCGCGCCGCCACCGCGCGGCUGUGCGCCGAGUUCGGCAUGACCUUGGGCCAGGUCAAAAAGUGGUUCUCCAACCACCGCCCCAGGGAUUUUGCCUCUUUCAGCAGUCCUCGCACCCCCUUGGACGUGUACUCGUCCCGCCAGGAGGUCUUCCUCCGGCCGCCUCCUCGCUGGCCCAGCCCCACCCGGAGCGGCACUCCGCCCCCAGCCUCAUCGCGGGGCGUCUCGCGCAGCCCCUCCCCCGUUCUGCAUGCCCUGCUGCCCUCUGCCGCCUGCCAGGCACCCCGCUCAGGCUCGCUGCAGGAACCUCCGGCCAGCCUUCCGUCCCCGCCGCCCGCGCCGCUGAGGGCCCGCUCCCUCGGCCUGGGCUUCUCGCUGUCGGGCAGCCUGGGCCGCUCCCCGCAGGCGCUCGCGGAGGCCCCCAGCAGCGGCUCCCUCCAGGGCGCGCCCUUCUUCGCCUCGCCGGAGCUGCCCCCCAGCCCGGGCCUGCGUGGCAGCCUGCACGGCCCGCUGCCGCUCGACUUUCUCUCGCGCGAGUCCCCGCACGACCUGCUGGGCGCGCACCUCUCGCUGGGGCCGCCAGCCGACGAAGCGCUCCUCGCGGCCGCGCCCCUGCACGCGCACCUCAGCCUGGCCGCCAGCCAGGCCCCGACCUCCAGCCAGCCGCCCGCCGUCGCCCCGCCCUUCCACGGAGCUGGUCCCGAAGCGUCCGCGCCCUUCUUCGGAACACCCGCCGAUGCCGCUGAGCUGGAGGAGGGAGAGCACACAGUGGUCGCAGAGGGACUCCACGAGGAGGAGACUGAUGAGGGGGAGUGGGGGCACCAGGAAGAGGUUGAGACACGCACUAAAGAAGGCUGGUCCGCAGAGGUGGCAGGUAGGGCAGACGAGAGUGACGACCAGGACAGAGCGGGCAGGGCCCUCGGCGGUGCGGAGCGUGGGACAGCAGGCGCGCACAAGCGAGGCGGGAGCUUCGGCGGGUUCGAUUUAGAGAGCAACGACGCGUCGGAGCUGGAUGCGCUGAUGGAGUGCGAGGAGGAGGCGGGGCAACGCAGGCUCACGCCCGAGGUUGACCACGGCAGACACGGCAGGCCAGCCCUGCGCGACACGGAAAAGGCCGGGGCGAUAGCCAGAAGCUUCCAGCAGGCAUUCACGGAUCGGACGGUCCGGAUGGCUUCCCUGGAAGCGAGCAGAAAUGUGUCUCGCGGCUACCGAUCCAUGCGGCAGGAGACAGCAAGCGACACGUGGCAGGCGCCGGGGCGUCGUGACGAGGAACAAGCAAGAAUCAGUCUGACGUCGUAUCGGCUGAAGCUGCGGCGCGAGGUGCGGGAGAGGGUGCCGGUCGGGCGCAGUCCCAGCCCGUACAGCCUCGGAAGCACGCUGCAGCGGUCGCGGCAGGCAGCGCUGGAGCAGCAGCGAGGGGGCGCGGCGCGCGCGGGGAGAACGGAGGAGCGGCACGGCGACGCGCGGCCCGCCCGGCAGGACAGCCCAGGCAAGCCGGAGCGCUGA